GCGAACGAUUUGCUAUGUGUCAUCUGUUCACAUCGAAAGCAGUCUUUGUUUUCCUGUGGAAACGUACUUAAAAAUAGAAGUGUGCAUUAAUGUUUAGCACUUAUUAUUUUGUAGAAAAAGAUAUAUUGAACCUGAGAUAGAGCAGGAAGCAAUAAAAAAAACAUUAAGAUGCCUAUACUAUUCAGUGUGAUUUCUCGAGGAAACAUUAUUUUGGCAAAGUAUGCAAAUUGUGCUGGGAACUUUACGGAAGUAACAGAGCAAAUUAUAGAAAAGAUUCCGAAGCAAGAUGAGAAACUGACAUAUUCGCAUGGAAAUUACUUGUUUCAUUAUGUUUCUGAAAGUGGAAUUGUUUACAUGUGCAUUACAGAUGAUGAAUUCGAAAGAUCCAGAGCAUUCCUCUUUUUGAAUGAAAUAAAGAGGAGGUUUACAUCUUCCUAUGGAUACUCGAUUGAAAAUGCUAUAGCUUACGCUAUGAAUGCAGAAUUCUCUCGAAUACUUGCAAAUGAGAUGAAACAUUAUUCAGAGUCUCAUGACAUUGACACUAUUUCGAAAGUGCAUGGCGAACUGGACGAACUUAAAGACAUAAUGGUCAAAAACAUAGACAAUGUUGCUAUGAGAGGCGAGAGAUUGGAAUUGCUCGUCAAUAAGGCAGAAAAUUUAAGUAACAAUGCUGUGACUUUUCGGAGCAAAAGCCGAAACUUGGCACGAGCAAUGUUUUGGAAGAACGUGAAAAUGUACGUGGUGAUUGGAACUGUGGCCAUUGUCAUUAUAUACUUGAUAAUCUCGAUGGCUUGCGGUGGAUUGGCAUGGCAAAGUUGCGUAGCCAAGUAAACACUACAUCAAUACUAUAAGAACUAAUCAAAAAAAAUAAUCAAUAAUUAGAUUGUGAUAUAAUUUAUAUUUACGAGGUACGCUUGCUAUUCAUUAUUAUUAGGCUUCAUUCUGAAGAAUAUACGUUUAAGAUGACAAAUAUUGAUUUUAAUAAAUUAUACACAUUUUUUUUUAUAAAUCAAAUGAAGUUUCAAAUCCGUGAAGUAAUCGUAGAGGCGUAUUUCUAGCAUUAGCUAAUGCAUUAUUUUAUCUCUUGAUUUUUUUUUACAAUUAAUUAACCUGUACAUAUUAGCUAAGUUGUAUAUAA